CGUUCACCAUCAGGUUGUUUGGUGUACACGCUUCACAACAUUUUAUUUCAUACUUGGUUUUUAUUCCUUUUUUGAUUGUUUAAAGAGAAAUAUUUUAAUUGGCUUUCUACUCUUUUUUAGCAAAUUUUGUUGUGAUUAGCGGUGGUUUAUUUUUCUGUAAUAUAUGCUUUUAGACAUAUAGAAAUCUAGAUUCGAGCUUUCUUUUUUUGUUUCUUAGGUUUUUUUUUUUUCUUCGCUUAUCUUUUCUCUUCAAAGCAAGUUGGUUUUGUAUUGUUGGAUUUACCACUACGUGUCAGUAUAGAUAUAUCGUAGCGAACUCGAUUCUUACAUUUUCCGGUUUUUUACGCUGUCGCUAACAAUUUCCGAACACUUAAUUCCUACUUUGAUAAAAGGAUUCCAAAUAGCAUUACUGACGCCUUGAAUUGACUUUGUAUAGAAACCCGUUGGAUUGUUGAGAAUACAAUAAGCUCUGAGUUACUUCAAUACGUUCAUCCAUAAUCCUUUAGACCCUUUUUCUAAACUUUUACCCUAAUACCCUAUAAAAUGCCUGUUCUAUCAGAUGAAGAGGAUUUCUGUUUCGACAAUGCAUACGUUUCUAAAAAAUGCAAAUCUCUUUUACACACUGAAGAUCCUGAUCACGUUCUCCGACAUAAGGUUUUACUGGUAAUUCACAAAUUAGCUAUCCCUACCUGGUCACGAGUACCAGUAGCUUCUCAUCCGACUCUCAUAAUUAGAAGAAUUUCUGGUGCGCUAACGAACGCUGUCUAUUAUAUCGCUCCUCCUGAAGGAUGUAAAGCCAUCAAACUCUUAUUGCGUAUUUACGGACCAAAUGUAGAAAUGUUUAUUAAUCGUUUCGUUGAACUGGAAAACUUGAAACGUCUAGCUAAACAUAACAUUGGUCCCCGCUUGCUUGGUGAAUUUGGUAAUGGCCGUUUUGAACAGUAUAUGGAAUCCACAACACUAACGCCCGAGACAAUUCGAGAUCCUACAUGUUCCAUUUAUGUGGCGCGUCGUAUCUCCGAACUCCAUUAUGUUAUACAAUUAAGUCCUACUGAACUGUACGAAUUGCCUAAUGCGUGGAAGUUUUGCUUCAGCUGGCUUCCUUUGGCCAGAAGAAAUGUACAAAACCGUAAGCAUUCUUUAUCUAUAACUACAAACUUUUUAGACGCCGUUGAAAAAGAUUUUCAUGAUUAUUUUCAAUGGUUUAAUAAUUGGGCAAGUGAUAAAAAACAUUGGCCCUCCUUGCAGCUCGUCUUCUCCCAUAAUGAUACUCAAUACGGGAAUAUACUACAGAUUAAAACUAAACGUCGCUCUUUUAAACCAGAAAAUAGACACCACAUACUUGUUCCUGUCGAUUUUGAGUAUGCGGGUCCUAAUAUACGAGCCUAUGAUAUUGCGAAUUAUUUCGCCGAAUGGAUGGCAAAUUAUCAUCACCCUACCCAAAGUCAUAUGAUGGAUCGUUCUCGAUAUCCCAGUUCUGAAGCUCGUAAACGGUUUUAUCGUGCUUAUGUCGAGCAAAGCGCUGUUCUAUUCAAAAAACUAGUAGUAAAAGACGCUUCAGAAUUAACCAGCGUCCUUCCCGAGUCUCUUAAAUUGGAAUUUGACACUUCAGUACAGCAGCUUGAGGAAGCAGUUCGAGCUAUUAGUCCGGCGGUGAAUGCCGUUUGGGCCUUGUGGGGUGUUAUGCAAUGCGAAGAAACCGACGAUGACUGGGAAGAUCUUAGCGUAAGCAGUGAAAGAGAAGAUAAAUCGGAUUCUCCCCCUUCGAAGAUUGCCUCUUCCAACGUUCCUCCCAUCGGCUCAACCUCCUUUGAUUAUAUCAACUACAGUAUGGAAAAGUUUAAUUUAUUUUACGAGACAUGUGCUGCUUUGGGUCUGAAUGCCAACAAUCGUUCAACAUUUUCUUAUGACUAAACUGAUUAAUUGCUUAAUUGACUAUUUACGAUGGUUCAGGGCUGACAUUUAUCCUUAUGAGAAUACUAACGUUUGAGAUCUAAUUAAUUAUUAUGAUUCUUAUCUACUAAAUGUAUAAAUUACACUAAUCUUUUGAAUGCUGCGUUUUGUAUAUGAUAAACAAAAUUAAGAAACUCAAAAUAAGCUACUAUUUUGGUUUCAUUGACGAUGGCUUAUUUUUAGUUCAACAAAAGCCGUUUGUCCAUCAGGAAGUUUCUUUUUUACUGCGUUUGCUGCCGUGGAGGAGACAAGACCCCAAAAUUGCCAGCGUACAGGAGGGAUCCAAGAACAUUGUUGAAUAACAACAUUCUCUAUUUCUUCUUUUAAACGUUUCGAUGAAGGAGAUGCUUGAUCGAUACUUACUGAUUGCAGAGUAUGUAGUCGAACAAUAGCUUGAAUAAAAAAUUCGUUUCCUUGCAUAUCAGCUUGAGCACAACUUAAAUUCAGCAAUUUUGGAGAGCUUAGGUGUUUUUCAACUUUCCAUUCACACUUCGGUAGUUGCUUUAAUUGAUUUCGUAAAAUUUGGGAAGCACGAAGAGUGCAGUUAUUUUCUAAAACCUGACUAUCAUGGCUAAAAAGUAGAUUAGUAACCAAACCGACCGCAUAAUAUUAUCCUUAUGUCACUUCAUAAGUGUUCAAGUGUGCUUACCUAGCUAAAGCACAAUUGACUGACGAGUGUAAACGAACAGCCUCUCCGACUAUGGAAUUCAUAUUGAA